CAUCACGUACAGUGAUAGAUCACAGAUGAUGGCUCAUGUGUUUAAAGCUUGCUCUCGGACAAAGCAUUAGAAAAUUCCAACAUCCAUCCUCUCUCUUGCACACAACUGUGGGACUCUCUCUCUCUCGGUUGCUUUAUAUAUCAAGACCAGUCUGCUCACGGAUUUCCUACACAAACAUUUGAUUUCGCCGCUCAAAGCGCUCUCUCUCUCUCUCUCUCUCUCUCUCUCUCUCUCUCUCUCUCUGGUGCUCUGCCUAAAGCUUGUCGCUUGUGCUCUCUCUCGAGUGCGCAAAUCAGAAACUGGGGUUUGCUUUGUUCAGUGCAUGCAUGGAUCCUUCAAGUGGAACAAACCAGGAAAUGGGAGCUCAUUCAUUGGAGAGCAUGUUGAUAUGCCCUAAAACACAGCAAGAUCAGAGGAAGCCAAGGCCUCAGCCAGAAGAGGCACUCAAGUGCCCAAGGUGCGAGUCCACCAACACCAAGUUCUGCUACUACAACAACUACAGUCUCUCGCAGCCCAGGUAUUUUUGCAAGUCCUGUCGAAGGUAUUGGACCAAAGGAGGGACCCUGAGGAAUGUUCCUGUCGGUGGAGGAUGCAGGAAGAACCGUAGGACCUCGUCCUCAUCAUCAUCAUCCAGAAGAGCCCAAGACCAAGGAGGACUAAUCUCAGCGUUGAUCAACAACAACGAUAACAACACCACAAACCCAUUUACAACCUUGCACUCUCUAACUUAUGAUCAGUCCAGUGAUCCCAUGUCCCUUCCAUUCCUUGGUCUUCACAGGUUCCCAUUCAGUGGCCAGCUUGGGCCUCAUGAACCGAGCCAUGAUAUCCUCUCCUAUGCCAACAGAUCAAAGAACGGCCAUGAUGACAUGAAUGGAGGCUUUCUUGAUUCCCUGAAGCACGGGUUUGGCUUGCUUGAGAACACCCAGAAUAAUGAUAACGACAGCCAUCAUCGUCAGAAUCUGUAUUAUGGGUAUGGAUCAGAUGUGAUGAACAAAAACAUGGGAGAUCCAGUGGACAGUGGUGGUGCUCCAUCAUCAUGUGAUCAUGAAAUGAUGAGCCCUGCCGGUUCUGCAAAUGAAGCUCUUGGAGCAACAUCGAUGAAGCAAGAGCUGUUUUGUCCUGAUAGAGAAGGCGCAAAUAGGUUUUCGUGGGGGAGUCCGUGGCAGAUUCAUGGAGAUCAAUAUCACGGGAAUGGUGUAAUGGGUGACGUUAAUUCAGGGAGGGGAAGUUGGAAUGGUCUUGGUUCAUCUUGGUAUGGGCUUCUCAAUAGCCCUCUCAUGUAGUGUCGUGUCCUACAGUUUCAAAUGUUUAAACCUUGAAAAGAAAUGCAGUAGAUUAGAAUGUUUUGUUCUAUCUGCACGAUCAGGCCCAACUGAAUCAUCUCAGGAAUUCUUCUUCGUUUUUUUCCCUUCUCAAAUUUUUUGAUUUCUCCUUAAUUUGUGCUACUGAAAUGUUGAGUUUGUCUGAAAUCGAUCAGGAAGGAGCAUGUACUGUCAUUCUUCAGUGAAGAAAAGAGAAUGAGUAGAGUUUUGAGAAUGAUUUUAC